CAGCUGGAAAACAGCAGCUCCGGUUGCUGAUAGAUUUGGGGGUGGGGUGGGAGGUGUGUGUGGGAAAAGCCAAGCGAUGGAUCUUCCCUUCUUUUGACAACACUCUCCUCUUCAGGACUAAGUCUGCACUGGAGGAAAAUAACUGCGAGGGAGAAGUGCUAAUCACACCUCCGUGUGGGAACUAACUCCCGGGAGCAGCGAGUGCCGCCAGCCCAGGGAUAUUCCCUGCCUCCAGCCUGAAGUGAUUCCUCCUGGAACGGUUCAGUCGCGCCUGCAGUUCACCUCUGCCUGCAGUUAACCAGCGUGCAAUUUGGGUUUAAUGGAGCUGGGUUUAUUGUUCCUCUUUGGACUUACGAUUACGUCAACUGCAGGGUCCGCGCUGCCCCGGCCCCGCUCCGCGCUGCCGGCGGCCGGCCCGGGACACCGCGAGCGCGACGAGGCCAGGGGGGACGGCGGAGCGCUGCGGCACCGGGCCCGGCGCUGCACUUGCUACACCUACAAGGACAAGGAGUGCGUGUACUACUGCCACCUCGACAUCAUCUGGAUCAACACCCCCGAGAGGACUGUGCCAUAUGGACUGUCUAACUACAGAGGCAGCUUUAGAGGCAAAAGGUCUAUAGGCCAGACUCAAAGUACUUCCCAGUCCUCAUUCCGAUGUUCCUGUUCAGAUGCUCAUGACAAGCAGUGUUUGCAGUUUUGCAGAAGAAUGCAGGACAGAAGAAGAAAUCACGGAUCAAUGAAAAAGACAGAGGAGAAAGACCAAUGCAGGGAAGAGGAACACAAUUUCAUUCAGUAGCACAGAGUCUGGAGUAUUCUGAACAAUCAGCUUUAACAUUUAUUUGCUGGAGCUCAGAAACAAGAACUUAAACUACAACUCUCCCCUGAGAUGGACAAACUUGAUGCUUCAGUGUGAUGCCAGUGGAGAAUUCAGCAGUAGGCAACACUUCUGUUUCAGCAGUGCCACUCUGACGGCAUGGGAACCUGUAUGAAGAAGCUUUUCUUCCCUCGAGAGAGCCUCAGAAAAGGAUAAUCUUUAUCAUGUAACCUGGCAGGGAAUGUAUCACUAUUGAGGAAAACUUCAAAGGCAGACCCAAACUUCAGCAAUGCAAAGCUUCAGGAAACGUUUCUCUCUGUGAUUUAAACAAGUACAGUAGAAACUGUUCCACUUACUGCUUGCUCUGUGUCUGAAGAAUCCAUCCACAGCUCUGUGCAGGCAGCUGCAAGUGGAGAAUGUGGAGAGUUAGAGGGAGAUUGCCUCUACAUGAGUUCUCAUUAAGAAUAAACAGAUACAAAUUAUUUCUCUUGUUAAUGUAUGCAAGCCUGAAUCAUCAUAUUGUAACUUUGUGGCAGAUGUUUAAAUGACAGUAUCUAUGCAGAAUAAAUAUGAAUGGCUAAUAUAAAUAUUAUUAUAAACUAUAGCAAGUUACAAGUAUACGUUGAGUAUUCAAUAAAUUACCUAAUUUAGGCACAAAUUAUUCCUGCACUUGGAAGUUCCAUUCAGAAACACUUAUAGUGAUUAUUUAGGGAUGCACUGUGGUUGGUGAACAGAACUUCAGUGAUUCAUCCCAAAGAAUUUUCCUACAGAUGCAAGGGUAGGAAAGUGGAACUUCAUGCCAUCAGAGUAAUUUCUGUGCUGGCCAUUUGCCGUCCCAGGCCCCUACGCCCACAGCACAUCCCCUGGGCUUUGCCAGUGCUGCAAAUCCCACCUUUAUCUCUCCAUUGAAGCACCAUCACCAAAUAACCUGGAAACUUGGCAAUAAGGAGUAAGUCCAACCCUGGACAUUUUUCAGAGUAAACAAUUUCUUCAGAAAUUAUGGAUUUUUUUUUGCUACAAGGAUGCAAGAGUAAGCAAGGGAAAAAGAGUAACUUUUGCAAAUCCUUUUCUAUAUUAUUUAAAAAGAGAGGAAAUCCCUUACUUGUGAUGUUAAAAUUUUUUGGGGGGGGGUUGACUGACCUUCCUGCAGACUUUCCCCAAGGCACGUAGGUUAAACUCUAACCCCAUGUUGUUAAAUUAUAUUUUAUAAGAAGAAAGAUGGAGACCAAAAUAAAAGUGAAAAGAAAUCAACAAUAAAAAUGUUUAGUUAGGGCUUAAACCAGUGGUAAUUGUUUUUGUUUGAAACAAGAAAGGGAGGUCUUUGCCAAAACAUAUGAUAUAUUUUAUAUAUAUGUGGAUAUAUUUCAUAAAUAAAUUAUUACAGUUAUAAAAUUAAA